AUGCCACCUCCAGCAGAGUCCAGCCUGAACUCUGGCCGCAUGCUCACAGAGUAUCAGGCCAAGUUCUUUGCCCACAGUGUCAUGGCCAUUCAGGCGUCCAAAAAGCCCAAGAACAGAUGCCAGUUUCUGGAGGGGAAGAUGGCCGACAUGACUAUAUUUAGGUCAGACUGUGUUUCACACAAAGUGACACAGAAGCCCCCGAAGGUCACCAAGGCAUAUGUUCCACCAGAGGGGUCCAUGAAGCAUACCAGCACGUAUGUGCAUGACUACCAUGCGCACUCCCUCCCGCAAAAAAUAGUGAUACAGCCUGUAGCGUACAAUCCCCCAUCAGUGAAGAUGGACAUGCAGUCCACAUACAAAGAGGAGUUCAGAUCAUGGGACACUCCAAUACAGCAGCCCCUCAGGACCAGCAUCAAUCCGAAACUGAGCCACGCCACAAUCAACAUGAACACCAACUCCCAGGACGACCACUGCUCCAGGAAUCCGGCUGCUACUCAGAAGAGCUUCAAAGCCAAUCCUACAAACAGGGAGUCUCCGUCGUUUGAGAGCAUGACCAGCUAUAGAUUGCAGUAUGUCCCCCAUCCAGUGCAGCCCAGACAGCCCAAACAGAGGGCCCCACACCAGCCCAACAGUACCGCUUUCAGUGGUGUCACAACUCACAGACAUGACUACCAGUGUCUGCAGUGGAAGGUGACCAAACCAAUUAGAUCCAAGGCUACCUGGGAGAGUAAUCCCACCCCUUUCAAGUGGUGUACUGAAUUCCAAGACAAGUAUAAGACCUGGCCAAUGAUGCCACAAAAUCAGCACAGGACAGUGAAGCGCCCCCCUCCCAGAAGGGAGACGGAGUUCAUCUGCACCACUCAGCAGAACUUUCAGGGGCACCUGACACAGCCACUGCCAUCCAUGCAGCCCUCCAGACAGGUCCUAGCCAGGGACAAGGUGCCUGCCAAGAACUGCUCCACCAUGAAAGCUUACAAUAGAAUUUUGGAGGGCAAAAGGGGCGUGCUGGUGGUGUGGCCGAAGGACACAGACAAUCCUGUGGGGGCUUUUGCAAAUGGCAGUACUUUCUCAACUCAAAACACACUCAAGGCCACUGUGCAGCCUACCAGCGUCAAACCCACGCAGAGGGUGAUGUCUCUCUGCAGCAUGCAGGACAACAGCCUGCCGCACCAGCUACGCCACUGA